AUGGGCGACCACCACGAUGACCACGAUGACACCGCGUACCUCCUCAAGUCCGGCCGUGUCCACCUCUCUCUCGAAGAACUCUCCAACCUUCUCCGCUCAGUCCAGAAGCCCACCAACGCACCCAAGUCCGGUCCGUUGGGGCUGGGCGGCUUUGCGCUGACGACGAUGACCCUCUCCAUCUACAACGCCGGCAUCCUCACCGACACCAGCAACAUGGUCCUCGCCCUCGCCCUCUUCUACGGCGGAAUCGCCCAAUUCAUCGCCGGACUGUACGAAUACAAGAUCUCCAACACGUUCGGCGCCACGGCCUUCUGCAGCUACGGCGCCUUCUGGUGCAGCUUCGCCACCUACGUCUACUUCAUCGUGCCCCACCUCCCUCCCGACAAAGUGCACGAGGCGUCGGGUCUGUUCCUGUUCAUGUGGCUCAUCUUCACACUCUACAUGACCGUGGCGGCGCUCCGAGUGUCGUUUCUUCUGGCCGCCCUCUUCUCCGUACUCUCCGUCACCUUCGUGCUGCUGGUCAUCGGCGACUGGGCUGAGCUGGACGGUGCGAAGAAGGCGGGCGGAGUGCUCGGGAUGGUCACUGCCGGGCUGGCGUGGUACGGCAGUGCGGCCUCCGUCAUCAACACCACCUGGGACCGCGAACUACUGCCCCUCGGCCUCUGGGUGCGACCAAAGCCCAAGUACCGUAAGGAGAACACUGAGACGGUGAUGCCGCUGCUGGAGCUGACCACCAUGUCGUCAGAGUCGGACGACGAGGACGUGGAGAAGGGCAAGGACCGCCACCGCCACCACCACCACAAAGAGCGCGUCUUCCUCUCAUCGGUCAAGGAGGCCCCCGCCAGGAAACAGUCUGGCCACUAA